AUGGCAGAGGCCGCCAAUGAGGCAGAACCGCUUCCGAAGUGGGUCUGCCCGAUUUGCCUGUACGACAAACUGCCACGCGGCAGUGCUGGACGCAGGGCGCACAUCAGGCGUAAGCACAAUGAUUAUUUGGACGUUGGCGUAGUUCUGAGUUGUUCCUGCAGGCACGGAUGCGUCAAGUGCGUGCCAGAGAGCGUGUUGGUCUCUGGCACGCCUGCAGAAGGUUCCAAGAAAGCUGAGCCGCCUCCAUCGAAGAGAACGAAGACAGAGGCCGCCUCCAGCACGGCGGCUGACAUCGUGCAAGCGACGGCUGGGAAGCCACAGGCGGAGGCGCCGACUGCCCCGGAGGCGACGCGCCGCCGCCCCGCGGCCACUGGCCGGCGCAGGCCAGCCCCCCCGGAAGAGACGGAUGACAAACCCGAGGCGAACGAGGAGCUUGACGUCGAGGGCACCGCGCUCAGCGCAGAGGUGUUGAAAGAGACGGUCGAGGUUCUCAGGGCUUCGGACACUGCAGCUGGGGCACUUGUCGCCGCGCAGCUGCAGGGAGCAGCUUUGGCAGCUGGCGACGAGCCCGCAGGCGACCCAGCACAGGGCGCGGCGCUGGCCAUCACUGCGCCAGCAUCUCGAGAGGCUGCCUGGAUCAACGAGCUCGUCGCCAGCGUCCAGAUGACAACAGCCAGCUUGCCGCACGGCUUCAGGCUCGGCGUGGUCUACGGUCCGUCGGGCAGCGGCAAGAGCCGCCUGCUCGCAGCCCUGAGUAUGACGAAGCCGGUCUCGGAGGAGACCGUGGCUGAGCAGUUCGAGGCCGACAUGGCCGUGUGCAGCCACCCAGCAUUUGGCCAUAGCGAAGAAGCCAUUAACUUGCUGAGCGCUGCCGGCCUCAACAAAAUCCCUGCGUGGGUGAGGCCGCUACACUCCAUCUCCAACGGAGAGCGCUCUCGGGCGCUGCUGGCAGUGACCCUCGCGUCGGCCUCGGCAACCCUGAGCAUCGACGACUUCGCCUCCAACACGGACGCGGCGUCCGCCGCGAGCACGGCCCGCUCCCUCGCCGCAUUGGUGAGGCAGCGAGGCUUGCAGAGCGUCUGGGUAGCGACCGCGAACAGGCAGGUGAUCCGUCAUCGAAGACGCCGACGUGGUCGUGUUCGCCAGGAGCAGGCAGGUGGUACCGAAUCCGUGGCCGAGAGGGGAGCGGCGCGCUGGCGUGGAGUGGGACUGGCACGUCACAGACUUCAAAGAGCCAGAGGGGCAGGCACGCGGGACUGCAACCUGGAUUGGCGACGAGUUCAGUGGCGAGCUAAAGGAUGA